AUGCCAGACGACCAUGAUCAAGGAGAAUCGCAUCCCACAACUCCCACCAGUUCCACAUCCAGCCAAACUAGCAACAAACGCCCGCGCGCCGAAAGUGAAAGUGAAAGCACUGACAGCCUGGUCGUAAGCAGUAGACCGAUCUUCGUUUUGGAAGACAACGACGCUUCAACAGACGAGGAGGAAACAUCAGGGAGUGAAGACUCCAUGAGUGUAUCAGCGAGGAUGGAGGUUGAAGAGUGGAUUAAGGCUGGUGAGGAAGGGAACGGGAGGGAAGAUCGCGAGGACACGCCGAGAGCGAGUAAGCUCGCGGGCGUGGAAGACGGCGUAGAGGAGGGCGAGAGCGAGGGUGAUGAGACCGUGCUUCUGGAGAGUCCAGCGCAAGGAAGGCGAGCAAAGGUAGAUGAUGAUGAAGGUACGCCUAGAGCGUAUAGCAAGUGGAAGGAUGUCAAAGAUGGCAAUGACAUCCUUGCGGAUCCAUUCGCCGGUGAGAAUUAUUCGAAGAGUGGAUAUAAGCCUCUCCCUGGACUGUUCGGAGAGACCAUUCAUUAUGGCGCAAAGAGAAGAUUGGUCAAGGCCGGAGAUUUGAGUCGUUCUUACGUCUUUCCCGAUUCCGUGCACCAGGAUACCGAUAUGACUGGGGCGUCAGUUACAUAUUCGGAGUCUAACACCGAGCGAAAUGCUCGUGAAGAGGAUGAUACUCCAAAGUACCACACUGUCGACAAUACAUGGAUGGAGAGUCUUCUCAGCCUCCCCUGGGUCAGCAAGGACAUGAGUAUGAUCUUUGACACGGGGACCAGAAAGCUAGUCCCCAUGCCUCGGAGAAGACUAGAGAGGAAGAAGCUCUUCAUUGAUCUACAUUCGUUGCUCAUGAAGGGAGUCUUGUUUGUUCAACUAGAUGCUGUGGGAGACUGGAUGAAGGAGACGAUCCCUGCUGAGCUAUGGUGGGAUGUCUUCACUGAAAAGGAGAGCGAGGAUCUGCAGGAAGCGACUCAUAGGAAGCUAUACUUCGAUAUGAUCACCCGUGCCAUAACAGUCGUCGAAGAGUGGCGGCUGAGAUAUCAAUAUCCUAAGGUGCCGGAGAGUGCGGAGGAGGUUUUAAAUGCCAGGAUGGAGACCAAACAACAGCAUGAGCUGAAGUCUCACAUUCUGGCAACCGCACCGGCGAAGACUGUUGACCGGUGGGUCAAGUACGUAUUUCAAGGUGUUAUGGAACCGGGUAACAUGAACAAAGUUCUGGCCUCUGAGCUAGAGGGGAUACGACAGCGAGUGAUUUCAAAGCUAGUACAUGUAACAGAGUUGCCGUUUGCUUCGUGUUGGACGGUUGAGGAUUUUCUUAAGGUACCAUUGUACAACAAGCGAAAGAUGGAGAGUAUUAUCGACGAGCAGUUGAAUGGUCUUUUCCAGAAUCUCACCAUCCGCGAUGAGUAG